UAAAUAAAGACAUUCCGUCAUUUGUGUGUCUCUUUUAGGAGUCUUAAAUAGGCUACACAAUUUAAGAAACAACUUAAAACUUAUCUGCUAAAAUGUUUAAUUGAUGAUGUUGUGUGGACACCGGCAACAGUUCAAACAAACACGUGAAUAAUAUGAAAGUAUGUAAAUGUGUUUUAAUUGUGGUCGUGUGUGGAUGAAGGACGCAUGUGCAGAAACCCCUCAUCAUCCUCAUCCUUCAGUCUGAAUCUCAUUACAGUCUCACAACCUCCAGAGCAACAGCAACACACACACACACACACCUGUCGACAUGGGCAGAUCUCACUACAUCUGCACGAUGUGCUUUGUGAUGUGUGUGUUUGGAUGGCAUGAUCUGGAUAACAGUGAAUAUGAUUGCUGGCCUCUGGACAAACCAGAUGAACUCAACAUGAUUGACUGCGGAGGUCUAGAGAUGGCGUGGGUCCUGCGUCCUCCAGAGAAGGUUCUGAGCGGUGAAGAUUUCUCAGUCAUUUACUCUGUGACCGUCAGAGAUGAGUUUUACCAGUGGGCCGUCGACAACGACAUCUUCAUACACCGGUCCAUCACCGAUCCGGCUGAAGCCCGGCGCUUCUGUGAGCAGCACGAGUGUCCCAGCAACUGGAAGGAUGCGAGCGGAGAGAACUGCUGCAUUCAUCAUGCCAACAUACACUCCUGCCCCAUGGGAUACAUGAAACAAGCGGAGGAGCGAAUCUGCGGCCCCUGGAUCCCCGAUGACGGGCGGAUAUUCACUCACACCAUCUCCACUUCUGGAACAAUGGCCCAGACCAACUGGAGCUCCAAGGUGGUGCUGUUCCACGAGGGAUUGACGUCUCUGAUCGCUCACAUCCGUGUGGGAAACAUGCAGGUCGCGCUGGAGGCCAAGAGCACCGUCCUGCCCGCCAUCAUGUGUGGUGACGGUGUGUGUGAGGAAGAGGAGAGCUGCUCGACAUGUCCCGCUGACUGUGGAGACUGUCCUCUGAGUUCUGCUGUACGAGCUUCCAUCGGCCUCACCGUCACCUUCAUCAUCAUCAGCUUCGUCACCAGUGCCAUGUGGUUUAAAUAUCAGAAACAGAAACUCUUGUGGGAUGAGAGCUGGAUCAUCGACUUCAAUCACAUUAAACAAGAUUACGUUGCCCGGGCGACCAUGGGCAGCAUCAUGAGCGUCCCGGCGGCGAACAGCGACUCCAACGCGAGCUGUGUGACGGGCCUGAGCUCCUUCACCGGCGUCCCCACGACACGCAAACAGCUCUACACACACACCGGCAUCUAUGAUGGACGAACCGUUGCCAUCAAGAAAAUAAAAACAAAAACAUUUUCUCUCUCGAAGACGAUUCGCCAAGAGGUGAAGCAAGUCAGGGAACUGGACCAUCCGAACCUCUGUAAGUUCUUUGGAGGUUGUGUGGAGCUUCCCAACAUCGUCAUAGUAACAGAGUAUUGCCCUAAAGGAAGCCUGAACGACGUCCUGCUGAACGACGAGAUUCCUUUAAACUGGGGCUUCAGGUUCUCCUUUGCGACAGACAUCGCUCGUGGGAUGUCGUACCUGCAUCAGUUUAAGAUCUGCCACGGGCGGCUGAAAUCAGCCAACUGCGUGAUUGACGACCGCUGGGUCUGUAAGAUCACAGAUUACUGUCUGUGGGUUUUCCGGCGCGAGGACUGCGCUGAGCCACUCAGCACGUACCAGCAGAGACUGAAGGAGGUUUACACUCCACCUGAAGCCCAGAGCGGCAGCCAGGAGCCCACGCUGGCCGGAGACGUGUUCAGCUAUUCAAUAAUCUUAUUGGAGAUUGCGACCCGGAAUGAUCCAGUGCCGGUGGAUGACGGCUCUCUGGAGUGUGGCUGGUGUCCUCCGCUGCCGGAGCUGAUUUCGGGGAAAGCCGACAGCACUUGCCCCUGCCCUGCUGAAUACGCUGAGCUGAUUCGUCGAUGCCGUGCUCAUAACUCCGCCCACCGGCCCACCUUUGAGCAGAUCCGCAAGUUUGUCAACAAAAUCAACCCACAUAAAGUCAGUCCUGUCGACAUGAUGAUGGAGCUGAUGGAAAAGUACAGUAAACAUUUGGAGGUUCUGGUUGGUGAACGAACGCAAGAUCUGAUGCUGGAGAAACAGAAGACCGACAGACUGCUUUACAGUAUGCUGCCAAAACAAGUGGCUGAUGACCUGCGACAGGGAAAACCGAUGCAAGCCCAGAGUUACGUCAGCGCCACCGUGUUCUUCAGUGAUAUUGUGGGGUUCACUCAGUUGUCCAGCACUAGCACUCCUUACCAGGUGGUCGACUUCCUCAACAAACUCUACACCACUUUUGACGAGAUCAUCGACAACUAUGAUGUUUAUAAAGUGGAAACCAUCGGCGAUGCAUAUAUGGUGGUGUCCGGUGUGCCGAGCGAGAACGGGAUCCUGCACGCGUCUGAGAUCGCCAGCAUGGCUCUGGACCUGGUGUCCGUGUGCAAGACCUUCAGGAUCCCUCACAGACCUCAAACACAACUCCAGAUCCGCGCUGGAAUACAUUCAGGUCCAGUUGUAGCAGGAGUUGUGGGAACGAAGAUGCCGAGGUAUUGUCUGUUUGGAGACACGGUGAACACAGCGUCCCGCAUGGAGUCAACCAGCGAAGCGCUGAAGACCCAGUGCAGCUCCAGUGUGUUUUUCCUGCUGGAGGAGAUCGGCGGAUACACACUCUCCUGCAGAGGUGUGUUACAGGUAAAGGGUAAAGGUGACAUGGUGACGUAUUGGCUGGAAGGGAAACAGUCUUCAGCUCCCGGUAAAGAUGCCAUGAAAGCCUUGCCACCGCAGGAGCUUGAGCGACCCGUGAGCGUCCCAGAACUACAGAAAGAGGAUUACUCCAGUAUCCCAGGAGUCCUCAGCAGCUCUGACAGCACUGGCCUCCUGUGUGACGCAGAGUGAGCCUCACAUACAUCAACACUUCUUUUA